CUGCUCAAUCUGUCGACUCUGUAGUGUUGAUUUUUUGUGUAUGAGGCUUUGGGCGAUCCAAGAAGAAUGCUGGGCGUGAGGUGCCUGAGAGCUGGAGCGGUGAUGCUUCUCCGCCGCAGCCGGGGAUUUCAGUCCCACCCUUCCCUUCUCUUCCUCCAUAGCUGUUCAGUCACCGGUGGUGAUCGCUUGCCUGUGAGGAGAAGACAAGACGCCCCCAAUUCCCGGAGUGCCAAGGGAAGUGGCCUCCUCCACAUUCACGCCUUCCUUUCUGAUCCUUCCCUCCCCAGACCUCCUCCCGAUGCACUCUUUCCAGUGCUAAGCGGCCGCGCAUUAUACUCGACGUCAACUUCCGAGCCCGGGAAAGUCUCGACCCAGAACCGGCCAACACCAACACCAGCCAAUAAAAAUGGAAACCAAGUCCCUGAUAUGAAAAUUUUUCGCACUCUUGCCACUUACCUGUGGAUGAAAGAUAACCUCGAGUUCCGUCUCAGGGUUGUGGCUGCCUUGGGUUUCUUAGUCGGCGCCAAGGUCCUCAACGUCCAGGUGCCCUUUCUCUUUAAGCUGGCUGUUGAUUGGUUGACCACCUCCUCUGGAAAUGCUGCUGCUUUUGCUUCCUUUGCCACCAAUAACUCCACUGCUUUAGCUCUCUUUGCCACGCCAGCUUCCGUCUUAUUGGGAUACGGUAUCGCGCGCUCUGGGGCAUCUGCUUUCAACGAGUUAAGAACUGCUGUCUUUUCUAAAGUUGCAUUGAGGACAAUCCGAUCAGUUUCCAGGAAGGUGUUUUCGCAUCUUCAUGACCUUGAUCUCCAAUACCACCUCAGUCGAGAAACAGGUGCACUGAACAGAAUUAUUGAUCGCGGAAGCCGAGCAAUAAACUUCAUUCUCUCCUCUAUGGUGUUCAAUGUAGUACCCACUAUUUUGGAGAUAUCAAUGGUAGCAGGCAUUCUGGCAUACAAAUUUGGAGCACCAUUUGCUUGGAUCACAUCACUUUCUGUUGCUGCUUAUAUUGUCUUCACAUUAAUUGUGACACAGUGGAGGACAAAAUUUCGGAAACUCAUGAAUAAGGCUGACAAUGAUGCAAGUACCAGAGCAAUCGAUUCGCUUAUUAAUUAUGAGACUGUCAAAUAUUUCAAUAAUGAAGCCUAUGAAGUUGAGAAGUAUGAUGAGUUCUUAGAAAGAUAUGAAGCUGCUGCACUGAAAACACAACAAAGCCUUGCAGUUUUAAACUUUGGGCAAAAUGUAAUCUUCAGCACAGCUUUGUCAGUGGCGAUGGUUCUGUGUUCGCACGGGAUAAUGGAUGGCAAGAUGACAGUUGGUGAUCUGGUUAUGGUUAAUGGGCUUCUCUUCCAACUUUCUCUCCCUCUCAAUUUUCUAGGUAGUGUGUAUCGUGAAACUGUACAGAGCCUUGUUGAUAUGAAGUCCAUGUUUCAGUUAUUGGAGGAGAGGGCUGAAAUUAGAGAUAAGGUGGAUGCAAAGCCCUUGAAAUUAAAUGGAGGUAGCAUUAAGUUUGAUAGCGUUCAUUUCAGUUACCUGCCAGAGCGAAAAAUACUUAACGGUGUAUCAUUUGAAGUUCCUGCUGGAAAGAGCGUUGCUGUUGUUGGGACAAGUGGUAGUGGCAAGUCAACCAUUCUUAGAUUGCUCUUCAGAUUUUUUGAUGCUCAUUCUGGAUGUAUAAGGAUUGAUGGUGAAGACAUCCGGGAUGUGACCCUAGAAAGUCUACGAAAGUCUCUUGGUGUAGUUCCACAAGAUACAGUACUUUUCAAUGAUACAAUAUAUCACAACAUCCAUUAUGGACGCCUUUCAGCAACAGAAGAGGAGGUUUACGAUGCUGCACGACGUGCAGUUAUUCAUGAGACAGUUAUGCGAUUCCCCGAGAAAUAUUCAACUGUGGUAGGAGAACGAGGUCUUAAGCUGAGUGGUGGUGAAAAACAGCGGGUUGCACUUGCUCGUGCUUUCCUGAAGGACCCGACAAUUUUGCUGUGUGAUGAGGCAACUAGUGCACUUGACAGCACGACAGAAGCAGAGAUAUUAAAUGCAUUGAAGUCACUUGCUAACAAUAGAACUGCAAUAUUCAUCGCUCACCGGCUUACAACAGCAAUGCAAUGUGAUGAGAUUGUAGUUCUAGAAAAUGGGAAGGUUGUCGAACAGGGAAGACAUGAAGAUCUUUUGUUGAAAGCUGGAAGAUAUGCUCAACUAUGGGGGCAGCAGAACAACACGAUGGAUGCAAUUGAUGCAGCUAUCAAAUUGAAGGAGUAAGGUACUUUUCAGGAUUCAUGCAUUUGUUUGUCUUGUGCUGGAAGUCCCAGGGGAUUGGCUGCGGCAUCUCAUUAAAGCGAAGUUUCAUCAGCCAUGCCUAUUAGAUUAAAUUGGGGUUAUAUAAAUGUUGAGCUGAUGGGUCUUGGUUCGGCCAUGGGCAUCUGGCUUGGCUGUAAUAGCAUUACUGGAGUUAUAUCGGUUUGUUCGAUGGCCUGAAAUGUGAAAAUAUUGGGAAACUGCAAUCAUGACAGGUUCUCUCAAGCUUUUAGCAAAAGUUUGGCAGAGGAUGGAGGGCACCUAACAGUUGUCUUUCGAUUUGACUAUAGUUUCAGUGAGAUUGCACAGUCGAUGCAAGUAGAUACUCUUUUGUUGAGUUUUAUCUCUGACGUACGAUUUUGUCAGUUUGUACUUUCUCAUUCAUCAAAGAUUUUUUUCUGUGUAGACGAGAUUGUAUUCUUGAAGUUGAUGCUUCCUUUACUAGCU